AUGAUUGAUGAUAGAACAGCUAAUUCGCAAUUUAAAGAGUAUCUUUCAACUUAUGAAAUAAUAGAUAGUGGUAAGAGAGUAAUAUUAGAUAUAAACGACAUUAGAAGACAUAGUAGAGAGUUAUGUGAAUUCAUUUUGUGUGAUCCAGAGAGAUUUAUUCCCAUGGCUGAGCAUGAAGUUAAAAGACCAUUGGGAUUUAAAGGAGCUCUUGGUACACACUUUUGUACACCUAGAACUAUCAAGUCAUCUUAUUUACAAAAAAUGGUGUGUUGUGAGGGUAUUGUUACUAGUGUAUCACAUGUUAGACCUAAGCUAAGAACAAGUGUUCACUAUGAUGAAAUUAAAAAUCAGUUUUUUGAAAAAGAAUACAGAGAUGGUACAAUGAUAGAAAGAAUGCCUAUAACUGAUACAACUUAUCCUACCAACUUUGAGGGUAGGACACUAAUACCGGAAUAUGGACUUAGUAUUUAUAAAGAUUUUCAAACAAUUGUUUUACAGGAAAUGCCGGAGAAUGCUCCAGCAGGUCAUUUGCCAAGAAGUUUA